GAAGAUGAAAGAGAGUAAAUAAGGUCCUUCAUUUUCCUCUGCAACAACCAUGCUGCCGAAAGAACAGCACAGUGAUGGCAAGACUGCUAAAACCCCAUGCUCUGAGUUAAAAGCCAAGGUCAUGAAGAAGGAAAAGAAGAAGGUUGUGUAUCGGGAGCCACCAGAUGGCGGGUGGGGUUGGAUGGUGGUUCUGCAUUGUUUCCUGGUGAACGUGCUGGUUAUGGGUACACUGAAGACCUUUGGGAUCUUCUUCGUGGCUCUGCAGGAUGAAUUUGGAGGGUCAUCCGAGAGCAUCAGCUGGAUUGGAUCCAUCAUGUCCAGCCUCAGGCUUUCCGGAGGUCCAUUGGCUUCAGUGGCCUGUGCAAAGCUGGGGAAUAGGGUUACCUCCAUAGUGGGGGCGCUUUUUGUUAGUGCUGGCUUUCUGUUCAGCAUAUUUGCCACCAGCGUGACCUACCUUUACAUUAGCAUGGGGUUAGUUGUUGGACUCGGGUUUGCUCUUCUUUAUCAGGCCACAUCUGUUGUAAUAGUGACCUAUUUCCGAAAGAGGCUGGCAACGGCAUAUUCCAUUGGACGCUCUGGCAUGGGUCUGACCUUUGCCCUCGCUCCAUUCACUCAGCUACUUUUGGAUCAGUAUGCUUGGCAGGGAGCACUGCUGAUUUUGGGUGGUCUAAUGCUGAACCUGGUGGCUUCUGGGAUGCUUCUGCGGCCCAUUAACAUUAGACAUCCAGCUUCACCCAUUUCAAACUCCACCAUUCAUAAGACUAAGAAAGAUUCUCUCAAAAACAAUAUGAAUGGCAACACGCCAGUAGCCAAUGGCACUUCCAAAUCAGACAGCUCACCCCCCAUUCACAAAGACACACUUAUAAUAAAAAACCCCGUUCACGAGCAGAACUCUCUCCCUCACCUGGAUCUCAAAAAACCCACCCAGAAUGGAGUGAACGGAACGGACAGCAGCCAAACUAAAACUUCCCCCGAGAUGAAUGGGGUUUCUCCUGUGGAUUCAUUACUUGAGAACGGCAGAACAGAAAAUGUGCCUGAAAACUCCCCAAAAGUGCUGGACUUCUCUCUGUUGAAGAACCCUUUCUUUUGCAUCUACACCUGGUCGCUGGUCUUCAGUCAGCUGGCCUAUUUCAUCCCUUAUUUUCACUUGUCUGCGAGAGCCCGGAAUCUGGGAAUCGACCCCAUGGAUGCUUCCUUCAUCAUCUCUGUGGCUGGUAUAACAGAGACGGUGGCUCAGCUUGCAUCUGGCUGGGUGACGGACAGGAAUCUGGUGCAUAAAUAUCAUUAUCAUAAAGCUUACCUGAUCCUGUGCGGUGUGGUCAACCUUUUGUCUCCUCUGGCCACCUCGUACAUCUUGCUCAUGGUUUACGCUGUCUUUUUUGCCAUCUUCUGUGGAGGGUACAUGGCUCUCCUGCUUCCUGUACUGGUGGACUUGGUGGGAGCUGACAAGCUAAACAACUCGAUGGGGUUCUCCAUGUUUUUUGUGGGUCUUGGCUGUCUCACAGGUCCUCCUCUGGCAGGCUUCCUAUACGACUACACUCAGACGUACGACUGCUCCUUCUACCUGGCAGGUGUGUGUUACCUCUUAUCAUCGAUUUCUCUGUUCCUCGAGCCUCUGGCGAGGCGCUGGCAGGCCCGAAAGGAACGGCUUGAGACGCUAAACCAGGAGUUGAUGUGGAGUAAUGGCUGUUUCUGUCCGGCACCUCAGAGGAACGGUGUUGUAUAAUAAAGGAAUAAACUCACAACCGUUUCACCUUUCAUCACGUCAUGUGGUUCAGUCUCGGAAGAGGAGCUGACCUGAACAUUUGGCGGGAACACACUACGGCAAGCAAAUCAGUGUUCAUUUGAAUUCAGAGACCAAUAAAUGCUUGAGGACACCACAAUGCAAACUAUUUCGUUAGUGGACGAGGGAGAAUGGAUUUUGUUGAUUUUAAUAAACAAACAUGUGCUUCCCUCACCCUCGCACAACAAAUUUAUGUUUUGUCGCACCAUUUCUAAGCAUAUUACGACAGUGGAUUAUUUCAAACGAAAGACACGCAAACACAUCCACUGUCACUCACUCAAAUUUAACUUUUUUUGUCAAAUGGCGAUGGGUUCAUGCACAAUAAGCAGGUCUUCCGUGUGAGAGCGCUUCCUCCGUGAGCAGAGCACAUGUUUUGAGCCUUUAAUAUUCGUUUGUGUGAUUUAUCAGUUGUCAUGAAGCUGUGCAAAGACCUGCAUAAGGGCACAAUGAUUGACCUCGUCGUUUUCGUUUAGUCGUUGGUGUACCAAUUGGACUAUUUCGGACCAGAAUAGCCUAUUCUCGACAUGGACGACUUUUUUUCUUCUCCUUGCUGGUGCCAAAUCAUUCAUUCACUACUGACAACAACCAAGAGAUUUUCUGGAACAAACCGCUGCAUGGAUACAAGUGCAUAUUUUGCUGAUGCUAAAAAAUGAGGUCAGUUGGCUUGUCAAUUCAUGCGUUGUCCAAGAGGCCCAGACGGUGAACAUUUCAAAUAGUUUCUCUAAAGUGCAAAUCCUUUAUAUUUUUGUGUUAUUUUAUUGCUGAGAUUCACCAGUGCACUGUUUAUGGCCACUUACUGCCUUUGUACACAAUGACUGUGCUAAACAUCAUGUGAUGAGAGCCAAAGAUGCAAUGGAAAUACAAUGUAUCGAUCUAUGCAUUUGACAGUCCUCGGUAUUUUCGGUUCAGUGUGCGCUGUUGCCCUCUAGAGGCGUUAACCAUGUACUACUGCUGGAAUGUUGGAUCAAUUAACAGGCUAUCCAUGUU